AUGAGCGAGGAACUUAAGACCCCUUUCAAUAACCAACACAGCGAGUAAGACUUCAGCGCUGUUCAAUAUAUGCAGCAGGACUUUCAAAUAAAGCAAAAACACUAUACCUCGACUCGUGCUGUCCAAUCCCUCUAAUAAGAUAAUCAAUCCUAGUCUAAGUCAAGCAAUAUGACGAGUGGGUCAGGCACUUUUAUGAUGCAAAAAACAGAGUUCUCAAUAAAGAAAAAUCAAACAGGAAAGUCACUCAUGAGCAGAGUUUUUUCCUUAAAAAAAGAUAGGCCAUAAUACAAGUCUAAGACUAAGAAGUACAUGCCUUAGUCAAUGAAUAGCAAUGGACAUAGCUCUUUGAACAAUGAAGAGAACACUGAAUACGAAGCAGGAGUUGAUCUUUAGGACAAUGAAGGAUAGCCUAUUUAUGGAAUUGAAAGUAAGAGAAGAAACUACAAUUUAAGUGACAAAAAGUCAAAGUUAGAUUCUAGCUUUACUAACAAAUUAAAUAAGUACCAAAACUCAUAUAAUCAUCAAUAGUCAACAGUGCUUAGCAACGCAUAAUACAAUGAAAUACCUUAGUCAACAACGCCAGGACACAUUAAAAUGAGCAUGAGAGCACUUUAGUCCUCUGUUUCAGCUUUAGUUGAAAGAGCUCAUCUUAGUAACAAUACUGGAAUGAUUGGCUCUAACUCCCAAUGGAAUAUCUUUACCAGCACUAAUAGAAUCACCACAUCUAACUAGCAUAAAAGCAAUAUAGACUAAAACUUAUUUCCAAAUUAUGAUAGAAUUGAUUUGCAGAACAUGCGGAUUAGCUAUCUCGAAAAUAAAACUUAAGGGAAUACUUUCUCUCCUUUAGACGAAGGAGAGAGAAAAUACACUCGACCUAUCUCAAAUUUAAAUAGAUUCACUAUUGAGAUUUAAAGAGAAUAGAAUUAAUGUCACAGAUCAUCAAACCCAAUAACUGAACCCAAGAUGAAUGAAAAUGACCUAGGUGAUAUUUCUUAACCUUAAAGUCCAUUGAACAUCACAGCGAACUUUGUAAAGAAUAAAAAUAUUGAGAAAACGAGGUUUUCUCAAUUAGGCAACGAUAUAGAUAACAAUCUAUUACAAAAAGAUGAAAUUAAGUUAUUCACUUAUCUAUAAGAAACAAACAAUGAGGAACCACUUGCUUUGCAUGUCGCCACUUGCAAUAAUAAUUCAAAUUACACAUAAAUACUGAUCUCUCACAUUCUAAAUUCUACAAAGGAACUUGAUAAUGACUCUGUUUAAAGAGACUCAGAGGAAUAUGUCAAUUCUAAAGAUGAGUAAUAACUGGUAGAGAAACACUUAGCAUUAUCGUAAAGAGCAAAGAGUUACGUAGAGAAGUGGAUCAAUCAGUUGACAUUAGGAAUAGAGGAGUAAUUUGCUGCUAUCCAUUUUGCUGCUUUUAAUGGCAACUUAAAAAUAAUGCAGAUGCUUUAAAGAUUUGGUGGUGAUAUCUAAAUAGUAAAUAAUCAAAAGAUAAAUUGCUUACACUUUGCUGCUUAGGGAAACCAACCUAAAAUUAUUCAUUAUCUAUUAAGAAAUGGCUACUUUGAGGUAGACACGCCAGAUAUUAAUGGAUGUACUGCUCUUCAUUGGGCAUGUAUUUCAGGUUCAUAUUAGUCAAUCAGAUAUCUACUAGCUAUUGGAGCAAAUCCCAAUAUCUAAACUAAUUCAGAGGGAUGUGCUCCAUUGCACAUGGCUAUAAGGUAUUUAGAUGAGACUAGGGAGAUACGGUGCAUUCAUAAAAUGCUAUAAUAUGGAGCAUCUCUUGAUGUUAAAGACCUUGAUGAUUUAGAGCCUAAAGACUACAUUGAAAAUAUAGAAGAUGAAGAUUUGCAAAUGCAAUGCUAGGACUUAAUUGUUACAGAGCAAAACAAAUCCAAUGGUCUUUUUCCAUGGCUUACUGUUUGCUGCAGAUAUAAAAAGAAAACACUUAAGCCCAGAAGAAAGCGCAUGUAUUUCAUCGGCUUAUCUAUUAUCUUACUAUUCUAGCUUUUCUCCAUGCUAUUUUAUGUAUUGCCUGUAAUCACCUACUUCAGGUCACUUUGCCCUGAGUGUAGAAUUAUAAUGACCAAACGAAGCAGACAUUGCUAUAGUUGUUAAAAAUGUGUAGAAAGAUUUGAUCAUCAUUGUGACUGGAUUGACAACUGUGUAGGUAUAAAGAGCCAUCAGUUGUUUAUGGUUUUUAUCGGAAGCUUGUUUACUUAUAUGCUUUUCUUGAUAAGUCUAGCCAUAGACUAACUUGCUUUCAAAUUUGGAAGAGGCGAUGAUCCAGGUGAUAAUAUACUUGCAAUUUUCCCAAAAGACAUUUAUGUCAUUCAAGUAGCCUAAAUCAUUUUAGGAUUAAAAGCAUUUGGGUGUCUAGUUUUCUUGAUACCUCUAGGCUCAUUAUUGAUCUUAUAGAUAAGAAAUAUAGUGCAAAACAUGACAACUUAUGAAAGAUUUAGUAGAUCUGGAAUCCGUCAAAUGCUACUCAGCUAAUCCACAGUGUCUGUAACAGAAGCUAAUACUGCUAAUCCUGUUAAUGAUACUCAGCCACUACAUAAUCAUGAAUUAAUGCAGUUCAAGAAAUAAAAAGAAUUUGAAGAUCAAGACAAAGAGGAGAUAUUUAAAGAUUAACCAGAAAUUUAGGAAUAUCUUGACUAGAGAAAUGAGUUUAUGUCCUUCACAGAUUAAAAAGUUGCCUAAUAAGAGAGAGAUAAUACACUGCCUGGACCAGGAACUGCCUCAGAAGCCUAAUAGUAAUAGCAAGUUACAUAGAACCAGAUUGAGUCUAAACCAAGGAAACUAAGUCAUAGUAGAAAAAGUUAAGUUGGUGAUAGUAUUUUUCAAAAUUGCAGAAUAAUGUGUUGCCACACUGAUAUCUAAAGUUAAAAUGAUCUAUACUACGAAUAUAUUAGAGUUCAGUAGAAAAGAAUUAUGUCUUAAACUGUAAAUAACUGA